AUGGCAAAUUCAACAGGCUCCGAUUCUUGCAAUUUGGACACCUGCCCCAUCACCGAAGCAUAUGUCUACUAUGUUCCAUCACUGGCAGGAAACGCCUUCUACCUGGCUCUUUUUGCUAUCUUCUUGGUUAUACAAUUGGGGCUGGGUAUUAGGUACAAGACUUGGGGCUUUCUAGCUGGUUUAUUCGGCGGUCUGGUGCUGGAAAUCAUUGGAUACCUGGGAAGAGUACAGCUGCACAACAAUCCAUUUGUCUUCAGCUCAUACCUAGAAUAUCUUAUCUGUCUCACCAUUGGGCCGGCAUUCUUCAGCGCAUCAAUCUACAUUUGCCUUGGACGAAUCGUAGUAGUCUAUGGCGAGCAGAUAUCGCUCCUUCGACCUCGCACCUACACUAUGGUCUUCGUUUCUUGUGACUUGGUCUCACUGAUCCUCCAAGCCGCCGGUGGAGCUAUCACUUCGAUUGCCGACGCUGAUCAGCAAGAUCUAGCGCAAAUUGGCGUCCAUAUUAUGAUUGCUGGUUUGGCAAGCCAAGUUGCUUCCCUCGUCUUUUUUAUGGUGCUUUGUCUCCAAUAUGCGUGGAGUGUGCACAAGAAUUCGGAUUCUCUCAAUAAAGCAGCAAAUAUGAUUGAGCUCCGAAACAGCUUUAGAUGGAAAGCAUUCCUGACUGGCCUAUUCUUGGCGACUAUUACCAUUUUUAUACGGUCUGUAUUCAGAGUUGCGGAGUUGAACGGUGGAUUCCACAGUUCGUUGGCGAACAACGAAAUUCUUUUCAUGAUUUUGGAGGGAGCCAUGAUAGUGAUCGCCAUUCUAUGCUUAACAGUUCUACACCCGGGUGUCUGCUUCGAUGGCCAAUGGAAUCAGACUAAGUGGAAGUUCCGCCGAUCAAUCGAUAGUGAGAUGGACCUCAUCUCCAUCAAUGCAGAUGCGACACGGAAGUCCCGAGACAUCAACUCUAGUUCGAGCUGA